UUCCUAUAAAUAAGACAUCUGUCCAGAGGUGUUGAAGUUUACUCAGUGUGUGAGAGAAGCUAUCUGGAGUAUCACUUCCGCCGAGACCACAUCUUAGAAAAUCAUGGCAGUACUAUCCUCAACAUAUCUGAUCAUGGUGAGCUAUUUUGGGAAGUUAAUGAAUCAAUUUAUAAUCACGAGUGAUAACUGCAAACCUUUUUUCUACGUGCAAAACAAUGGGUUCUGCAUCGGUUAUGACCACUGUGACAUGGAUCAAGUUCUUCGAAUAAAAGAGUGUCCGGGGUCUGUAAACUGCAAACUUGCACCUGCGAAUUUGCAUUGUGGAUGUAUUAGAAGCAAGAGUGCCAUUGUACCAGAAUAUUCUGAUUUGUCAAAAAGGUGCAGAGAUGUAAACCAACGUUAUAUCAACGAUACUUUGAACAGUGGACUGUGUCCACCUGGAUACAUUGGUAGAAAAAGCUUCUGUUUUGACUGGGCUUGUGGCUCCCGAGAAUACAUUCAGAUUAAUUGGUGUACUGUAAAUAUGAGAUGUUUCAUUGCACCUAGUUAUCGGUAUUGUAGCUGUGGGCAUGUGUACGGAUCACGUAAAUCACGGGAAAGUGCAUUUUCACAAAGGUGCAGUGAUAUUGACGAGUGUCUUAAACAUCCAUGUGGUGCUCAGGAAUUCUGCACAAAUAUACCUGGAAGCUACACCUGUUCUAACAACACCUGCAUUGAUCAGAAUCAGUUUAACCCGAAGCAGUGCAGCUUCAUUCACUGGGACCAGCAGAUUCAGAGUUCAUGGUAUACAUUCCACAAGUAUUGUUCUGUGAUUAAUUCAAUCGUUGUACUGGUGAAUAAGCAGUGCAAGGCUCAGAGGAGUGAACCUAUAUUUCAGAAAAUCAUUUCAGCUGCAAGUGACCUACUGAGGAAUGAUUCCCUGUGGGGCAACUUGGAAAAGGAAGAGCGGCUCUAUUUGGCUUCCAUAUUCCUGCAAUCUGUGGAAAACUCUGCAAUCGUUGCCAGUCUAAAUUUUUCUGAUCAGGAGAGGAGAAUUGAAUCAACUGAAAAUAUUGAUUUGGAAAUACGAUCCUUUCGAGGGAAAAAUGUUUCAGCACCUGAGAGAAUCAGACUCCAGGCAAAGGGCAACUUUAUAGAUAUCUCUCAAAGUGCAGUCACCAGAGAAGUAACGAAGGUAACAGAUUUUGCUGCUGUGGCAUUGAUCGCCUUCAACAACAUGGACUCCACCCUGAAUGGAAGCAUUUUCAACCUCAGUCCCACUGAUGGAAAACUGAAGCCAUUUCGAUUGAUCUCAAAUGUGGUUUCAGCCGUGAUAACUAACAGUGACAACCUUAGAUUUGACCCAACAGCGAACUUCACUUUCAAACACACUGAGGAAGCUGAAGGUAAUUCGGAAUUGCACUGUGCCAACUGGAAUUAUGCGGCUGGAAAAAGCUAUUGGUCUCGCAGAGGGUGCAUUAUGGGAGAUUCCAAUGGAACGCAUACCUGGUGUCGAUGUAGUCGGUUUUCUAGCCUCGCUCUGCUGAUGACUCCUUAUGAAUGGCAGACAGAGCCUGUUGCUCUUAUUAUAAUCACACUCAUCGGGAUCCCUGUAUCAUUGGUGUGUCUUGCUAUUGCUAUUGGAAUUUUUGUCUUUUGGAAGCAACUUAAGAGUGCUGUAACUGCCACCCACACGCAGCUGUGUCUGAGUCUGUUCCUGGCAGAGCUGCUCUUCAUAGUUGGAGUCAACAGAACCAGAAACCAGGUGGUGUGUGGGAUUAUAGCGGGAUUUUUACACUACUUGUUCCUGGCAGCAUUUGUUUGGAUGUUUCUGGAGGGAAUCCAGCUCUACCUCAUGGUUAGAAACAUCAGAAAAUUGAGGGUUCCCCAUUUUGAAAAAAUUAGGAAAUACAUGUACCCCUUUGGCUACGGUGUUCCUGCAGUAAUCGUAGUUGUUUCUGCUGCAGUGCAUCACAAUGGCUAUGGGUCAUCCAGACACUGCUGGCUACAAACACAUAGAAGAUUCAUCUGGAGCUUCUUGGGGCCUGUGUGUGUGAUAAUCGGGAUCAACACAAUUCUGUUCCUCAUAACACUCUGGACUUUGAGGAAAGCAGUUUCCGAGCGUGACAUUGCAGUAUCAAAACUUCAAGACACAAGGAUGUUGACAUUUAAAGCCAUCGCGCAGGUGUUUAUCCUGGGCUGUAGCUGGAUUCUUGGCUUGUUCCACUUUAAGGAAGAAACCGUGGUGAUGGCCUAUUUAUUCACCAUCGUCAACAGUUUCCAGGGCACCUUUAUCUUCAUCAUUCUUUGUGUGUUAAAUCCUAAGGUGAGGGCCCAGUGCCAGAAAUGGUUUUCUGUGAUGUUCAAGGCAAAGAGGAUAGUUUCACCCAGGAAUAUAGUCACAAUCAUGUCAAAGACGACUGGGACGAGCUCAGAACAAUGAUGAAGCUGCUCUUACCUCACCUGCUGUGCGACGUAGUCCUGAUGGGUGAAGAAGUCCAUUCACUUUGCUGCAGUGACGUGAAUGGACUUUUCCAGUGCGCCCAGAUGUUUCUUGACAUCACAUGCAAUGAAAGGAGUUGACUGAAGACUGACUGUGAUGGUGGGGAUCUCAGGAGGAGGCUAAGAUGGAUUCUCCAUGCGGCAUUUGUGGGUCGAAUGGGCUGGGAGUGCCUUUGUCGUGUUCAGUGCUUAGGUCGAUGCUGGGUGGUCCAUUCUGUUUAUUGCUUGUCAUCAUUUUGAUACAACUGAAUGGCUUACUAGUCAGUUAAGAGUUAAUUGCAUUGCUGUGGGUCUGGAGUCAUGUAUAGUCAUACCAGGUAAGGAUGGCAGGUUUCCUUCCCUAAAAGGCAUUAGUGAACCAUAUGGGUUUUUAAUGAUAAUUCAAUAGUUUCAUGGUCACCAUUUCUGAGACUAGGUUUUUAUCUCAGGUUUCCUUAAUUAAGUGAAUUCAAAUUUCACAACUCUCAUGUUGGGAUUUAACUCAUGUCUCUGAAUCAUUAGUUCGUUCUCUGGAUUACUAGUCCAGCAACAAAAAGCGUAAGAACUUGAGAAAUCGGAGCAAGAGUAGGCCACUUGGCCCCUUGAAGCUGCGCUGCCAUUCGGUAAGAUGACGGCUGAUCUGAUUUGUCCUCAACUCCACUUACCUGCCUGCCACUAUACUACCAAUAACCUGUUUACUUAGUGCCACUUAAGUGUCAAAAGAUAGGAAGAGAUAAGACAUCAAAAGUGAGCAGAUAAAACUUCUUAGUUUACAGAAAGGAGAAGUGGGCUGGUCUUAUGAAGUUGAUCUCUUUGUGAGCUUUGCUCAUUUCUUCCUCUUAUGUUUUCUUGAAAAUCUUGGUGAUCUGGAUUAAUCUGUUUAGAAGAUCCAGCAAAACAUGGGCAUUAGACGAUGCAGGGUUCCUUUUCAUGUCCUGCUAUCCACUGUUGAACAGUCUAUAUUUUCUGAGUAAGUCUCUUUCUCUCUCUGUCGCUCUCUCUCUGUGUGUGGUGGUGUUAUCUGCUUAUACUUAUUUCUUAGCGCUCUAACGGUUCAGUACAUGACAGGACAAUAAUUUAGCCUUCCUUCUGUAUUGAUAAGCUUGAACUCAUUUAAAACUCUGCUGCCCAUUUCCAAAGACUUCACCCAUCACCUCUGUGUUCUCUAACUUACAUUGGCUGCCAGUCCUCAAUUUUAAAAUCCUCAUCUUUGUGUUCAAAUCCUCCAUUCCUUCAGCACCCUUCCCUAUCUCUGUAACUUCCUACAGCCCUGUAACCCU